AUAAUAAUCAAACAAGUUUUGUGCAGAAUGGUACAGUCAGAUGUUUUUAAUGGAGCGCAAGAGGAAGUAUGUAGCUGAUAAAAUCAAAAUACAUGUCGUAGUUGUGUAGCCAUUCGCCAUUUUGAGCUGAGUAACCACAGCGUGUUGUUGGAAAACGGGGAAAAAACGUCAGUAUACCUAGCGUGGUUUACACAUGGAAAACUCUUGUGGAAUAUAAUAAUAGUGCCUCCGAUGAACUUGUCAACUUCGAUAUUUUAAGUUACUGGGGAGGUGGACGUUUACUAGGCUGUAAAAAGAGGUUUUGAGCAUUGCAUGUUUGCGGUACCCGAAAUGUGAAGCGAAAGGCGAUCGUUUUCAUCAUGGCGGAUUCACGAGGAAGUAUGUUCGUCAGCGGGUUACUUGCGACUGUUCUGAUGGUAUCUGUGUGCAGGGCUGAUGGAUAUGUUAUCAAGUUGUCCAAUUUUACGGUACACCGAAUCGACCCCGCGGAAUACCAGAUAGGCGAAGACACCGACGUUACCUUCAGCGCAAAUUUGACCACUGUUGACGCAACCCCGAUGGACGACACGACAGACAACAUUAACAUCCUGUUUGUCGUGCUGAGCCUGAAUGGCGGACAGACCCUCGGCAACACGUCCGUCGACCUCGCGUGGGACCGUCUGCAGGCGGGCAGGAGCGAAAACAUCAAGGGCACCGCACGGGUCCGCGUCGGCUGGUCCGCCUGCAAUGCAUCGUCGGAGCCGAAGCUGUGUGCCGGCGUUCAGUCAGUCAACUUGCGCCAGGAGGACAUGGAUUGCUUGCAGCUGGGCAAGGACAUCGCGGACGGAGGAGCUGGACAAAUCAACUGUGUUGUGGGCGUCGAACCUUACAUCAUCGCACUGCCUAUUGUGAUGUUUCUGCUCCUCGCGAUCCUCAUCGUGUUUUUAUGCUGGAAAUGUAUGAAGCGUCGUCGUAACAAUGACUUGUCAGAUGGCGACAAACAGCCAUCUGAUUAUUUGGCUCGAUCGCGGAAGAGUCUUGCUCACAUCUAUGAAGACAUUUCCCGACGGGUUGCAAACGUGCACAUGCCAUUCAGGAGACCAGGACACACCCAUGACGCAGAGAAUAACUACCAAACCACUGUUUCAGCUACCGACGGCACAGCAAAUGACGCAUUUCGGAUGGAAAUUGAGACCGACAGCCAAGGCGAAACGAAGAGCUCCAUUCAGGACGACGCAGACGAGACAGCACCCAGCUCGCCUAGUCUCUCCCUUAUGGACCCGUUCGCGAAGCGGCCGAGCCAACCAAACGCGUAUACUGUGGUAGACCCCUCUCUGAUAUGCAAGCUGAGUCCGCUGAGAGUCCAAGUCACCAUCGAGGGAAUCCCCACGGGGGAGACCAACGAUGACGAAAUUGAAGAGCUUGGUGACGACAUUGAGGAGCUUGAUGACGGCGGCUAUGCCACGACGCUUAGAAGUCCAGAGAGUGGACAUGCUACAGCCAUAGAUUCAUGUGACACCCCAGCUGUCACACCCGUUAUUGUCCCACUGAAGACAGGGGAUGAAGAGGACAUGUGGGGUCCAGACUCACUGCGGAACAGGGCUCCAUCGGUGGACAUACCUCUCCGCAAUGCUCCAGAUUUACCCUCGGACUCAGAUCCCGAGUCCGAACCACCGGCUCCUGACCCGAAUCCCCACCAGGAACAGACUCACAAUCACCCCGCUGACCACACUCGUCCGCCUCCCUCGGACCCCGUGACGGACCCGAUUGACCCCGAUCCUGGCUACGACCCCGACUUGGAUUCACCUUACUUGCAGGGCAUACCCAAGCCCGCAACUCACAAUCAGUCUGCUGUCCCCACUCGUCUGGCUCCCUCGAACCCCAUGACGGACUCGAUUGACCCCGAUCCUGACUACAACCCCGACUUGGAUUCACCUUACUUGCAGGGCAUACCCAAGCCCGCAAGAAAGCCUCAACGCCGCCAUGUUGCUCACCAUAAUCCUGAGAGCAACCGAAGUGACUCGUAUUCUGAUCCCAAUCGUGACUCUGAUGACGAAAAACCGGAGCUGCCACCCAGGCGCCGUCCUGAUCCGGAUCCUCAGAUAUCUGGAGACACAGUAACUCCACUGACGAAUGGCACUUCCCAUUCAAAGCCAAAUCCUGACCCGAAUCAGAUAAGCAACUCAUUUUCUGACGAGGAGCCCCUGCCUGAGCUCCCUCCCAAACCCAGUCCCAAGCUACCCUUGGUGCGUGACCCCAGUCCCGGCCCACGCCCUGAUCCAGGUCUGACUCUCACCGACCCCAUCGCGCUUCCUGACCUGGUCCCAACCCGCAAGAGUCGGGACGAACAAACCACUGAAGACAUGCCUAGCUCGCCGAGCAGCCCUGUUUCAGCUGGUGACGAAUCCAAAAAGCCGAAACUCACAGCCAAGCCAAGGAGACUCUCGGAGAAAGAUAUCGGAGACAGUGGAAAGCCGAAGCUUCCAGCCAAGCCAAGGACACUCUCGGAAAAAGAUAUAGGAGACAGUGGAAAGCCAAUACUUGCACAACGACCGCGGUUGCCCUCCAAGCCCAAGACUCGGGGCAGCAAGUCCGACCCUGGCUUUCCUAAUGACGUUCAAAGCGUUGAAGACUGGAGCAGUAGAAGUACUUCAAGUGUCUCAAAUACGCCACCCAAGAACAGACCUCCGCCGCUCUCAGUUUACAAGCCACAAGAAGAUAGGAUAUCACAUUUUCCGUCUGUAACGCCAAGGUUGCAAAAGAGUCCAUCGCCUUCGCACAAGGCAUCUGUUGAUCCUAAGAAAAUGGAAAAGGCCUUCAGAACGGUGCGAGACAGCACGGCUAAGCCACCCAAUCCAGCUGAAUUCGACAUUGAACCCGAUGCACUUCACCAGGUUGCCACCACGCGUAUGAGUCUUUCUGAUCCCGAAUUCAUGAAAGCCAUCAUGGAGGUAUACUUGUCCCUGAUGUAUGAGACAUCAAAUGGGGAGGACGACUACGAGGUUGCAGUCCAAAGGGAGCAAGAGCGGUUAGAGGUCGAUGAAGGACCUGCCGUAGAGCCACGUGUGCUUAUGCGCAGAAAGUCCAUGAGUGCUCAGUUGACACUCAGGAAGAAACGAAAGACCGUCCAGUCAGGAGACGUGUACGUCAACCAAUGGAACAAGCAGUGGGAGUUCAAUCGAGCCAAUCUGAGUGUGGAGCGGGAGAAGCCGCUAGGGGAAGGUCAGUUUGGCAAGGUGUACAAGGCACUGGCCAAAGGGGUCAAAGGUCGAGAAGGAGACACACUGGUGGCUGUCAAGGAGCUCAAAGACGGAGCAGGCGCGGAAGAGAAAGAUGAAUUCCUGAAGGAGCUUGCUAUCCAUACCAUCAUGAAGACACACCCUCAUGUAGUGGAGCUCCUGGGUUGCUGCAUACGAGACGAGCCAAUAUGCAUCAUCACGGAGUAUCUGUCUGGCGGGAACCUACUGGGUUUCCUACGAAGCAAACCACCCAGGGAGACCGGGAAAGACCUGAUACGGCACUACCUCGCCAAGUUUGGGCUUCACAUCUCUAGGGGCAUGGCCUAUGUCUCACAGAUGGAGAUCGUUCAUCGUGACCUUGCCGCUCGCAACAUUCUCAUUAGCGAGGAGGAGGUGUGCAAAGUCUCGGACUUCGGUUUCGCUCGGGACAUCUUCGGCAUCGGCUGCUAUCCUCGCGCCCCGGAUAAAGCUCCGAUCCGCUGGUACGCACCCGAGUCGAUCCUAGACAACCUGUUUAGCACCAAGUCCGAUGUCUGGUCUUUCGGCAUCUUGCUCUUCGAGAUUUCCACCCUAGGGAGGGUGGCGCCCUACACCAAGUGCAGUAACGAGGAGGUCAGGUUCAAGGUGUCUGCCGGAAUACCUCCGAAGAGACCGCCCAAUUGCGACGACGAGCUCUUCAGCAUCAUGACGAAGUGUUGGCAGAAGAAUCCAGAAGAUCGGCCUUCGUUCAGCGAGCUCGUAGAUAUCUUUGAAGACGUGCAGGACAUGUAUCCAGACCCAACGAAAGUAGAGGACGACGAGCUGUUGAACGAAGAGGACGAGGAAGAAGCCUUCUAAAAAUGACUGGUGUCGCGGGGAAAUGAAGCCAGCAAGUCAAUUGUUUGCAGUACGAUCAGCAACACUGCCCCCCCCCCACCCAAAAAAGAGACCAUUGAACAAGACCCAAGACGUUUCUGGUGAAGGUGUUUCGGAAAAUGUCGCCAAAUGGUUUGUUUAUAUAGCAACUGAUUGUUUUUUUCAUGUAAAUAAUAAUUUAUACUCAGCUGAUGUGGCAUUGAAUGCAAAAAAAACACCAUGUAAUGAAAAAUGUUAUAUUUUAUUAAGAUGAAUAUUUUAUCCCUAUAUUUUAUAAGAACGGAUUGUAUUUUUAUGAGAAAAAAAUUGUACACAUUUACUUUAAGAGGUAAAUGCACUGUCUAAGGGUUUUCAUAUUUCCUCAGCUAUAUGAAAACAUUUGUAUUGUACAUGUACUUUAAGAGGUAAAUUUGCUGUCUA